AUGCCGGGUGCCGUCCCCCCGAGGGGGCUUCGGACAGGGUCUGGGGGAUCACCUGGAUACGCACUUGGAUACCUGGAGCAUUGCUCAGAGGAGGUGCCGAGGGACAAACCUUUGUGCCAGGUAGCGGCAGCCAAACAGGGGCUGAAACUGAAGGGGAGAACACAUUUAUUUGCCCUUGUUGAAGUGAGGCGAGCACCUGAGUGUGGCGGAAAUGCAGGAGAACGCGAAAGCAUCGGGGCAGAGCAGCCGCUGGAGGUGCCCGAGCCGUCUCCCCCUUGCCCGCAGGGCCGGAGUUGCCCACCGCCGGCAGCUGACAGGUCCGUGCUGGAGAGUGGGAGAAGGGUCCCUGCUGGCUGCCGUGUCCUGGGUGGGCACAGAGCUCUGACCUCGGCCAGAUGGGCUGUUCGGUUUCUUUCUCACAGGUUUCCGGGUGUUUUGAUCCUGACGUCGCCAAAGCCUCAGGCUUCUCUCCCUGGGCCCUUGCCGUUGCCGUAUCUCUUGGAUGCCGUGCAGAACGGAAUCAGGCAGCCAAGCCUCAGGUUCACCUUCUCCCUCACCCUCUGCGCUGCUCGUGUGGCACAGCAGAUCCUGAAGCCAGAGGAGCACGUGUACAUAAGGGUAAAGAGAUUCCUUCUGUCACACCGGUAUUUGGACCUGAGGAAGGUACCAGGUUUUCUCCAGCUUUUCUACAGUUUUGAUUUUGAGUACAAAACAGCACGAGUGGAUCCUCAGAUUUCUUGGGGAAGGGCUGCGUGACAAACAUUGCUGUGAGCUCUAUGUCUACCAGAGGAUUUUCCGGGUCAUUCUUUCCUUUCUCAGCAGUCCUUUGUGUGACCAGGGCUCCCAGAGUCCUAUUCUGGAGAUACGACAGAGUGCUGCCCGUGUCACCUCUAGAGCUGCCCAUGAGCCGAUAGAGGAUCACAGCCUCCUCUCGUGGGUCCUGCACGGCUUAGAGAAAAGGUAACCAGCCAAGUACGGGAGACAUGGGGACAAUUUCCUGUCCACGGCUGAAGAAUGACGUGGCUGAGGAUGAAAGCAAGGGGGACAGACCUGGAGACGGGGGCACCGAGGGCUGCACUGGCAGAACUUGCUGAACGCUGAGGUGUCCCUUGUGUUUUUGAGAAGAGAAUCAAGAGGCUUUCAGGUGGUGGUGGGAGGGACGAUGGUGGGGGGGCUGUGUGAUUUGGGAAUCACUUCCUUGACAAAGCAAAAGGACACCUUGUGCUGGUGUCUUUAGCUUUGAAAUUUCAAGCAGCCUCAGUUCCCAUCCUGUCACAGGACCUGCUGCACAGGAAGUGGCACAGUAAUGGAUUUGAGCUGUCUAGAACGUUACUUCUCCUCCCCUUGCCUCUCCCUGACAAAAAAAAUCUCUUCUGCAAGCACAGAGUGCCCUGACAGGUUCAGGCAAGUGCACCAAAAGUGCCCUAGAAUAUGGUCCCCCGUAGGAGAUGGACCAGCUGCUGGUGAGGAUCUGCCUUUCAAAUGUGGUUUUCUUUUCUUUUUUUUCUUUUUGUUCUGUUUCAUUUUGUUUUUCAGGUUUCUGGAGAACCAGGUGAUAAAUAAAAUGAUUUCCUUACUCCAUCCUUUGUGGCUAAUAAAUUUAGGAGACAAGAGAGAAAACAGGAAUCGAUCCCAGAUGCUGCUGUUGAGAUGGGUAUAUGAUCUACCUGUAUAUAGAUAUAUGCGUAUCUCUGUAUAUCUGUGUAGUGAUAAUAAUGGGAGUUUUUAUGAUACGUUGCUUUACUGUCUUCUAUUUUUAAUAAAGUGUGAUUUUAAGUUAUUAGGUAUAACAUUUUAUUCUGCUUAUUGGCUAAAGUAACAUUUUCUUGUAUUUUAUUGGUAUCAAGUCAUGUUAAUCAUUAAUUGGUAAGAGUUUAUAAUGAAUUAUUAAGGUGUGAAUAUUGUUCAUUAAGGUACGUCUUUUUUUUACUGUAGGUAUUUUCAUGUGUUCGUAUGGGUUUUUAUGUUAAUGAUUUUGGGUUUUUGUGUUAUGAAUAUAUUAGUAUUUUAUUAGGGUUUUUUUGGUUAGUUUACUUGUUUGGUGUGUAGAUCACUCCUGUUAAGUAUGUUUAUCUAUAUAUGUUUUAAAAUGUAAGUUAUAAAUCUACUUGUUAAGGAUUUUUGUAGAGUUCUAUGUAAAAAUUUAAAUCGGUAGGGGAGAUAAAAAGCAGUAAUUAUUAAUAAGAUGAGUAUUUUAGUUUUUAAUAAUGAUUUAAGUUAUUCAGCGAUGUUUUAAUUUUUGAAAAUAUUAUUUAGUUAUUUUUUAUGUGUGAUUGAUUAAUUUUUAAAAAAAAAUUAGUAAUGUUUUUGUAAAUUGAUUUCUUGUGAUUUCAUCAAUUUAUAUAUUUUUAAAAAUGUUUUCUAUUUAUGAUUGUGUGUGAAUAAUAAAAAAUGAACAGUU